ACCAGGAACCCACGAUGAGCGAUGCGGCCUACCCGGGAUUCUACGGCAAUGGCAAUGGCAACCAGCUGCACUUGCUCCCGCUACCGCUGUCGCAUCCCCCGCAUCCUCACCAGGAUCUGUCGCUCUCCACGCCGGUUCACUCCUUGGAGCAGGACUCCAACUUUGGUGGCUUCUUUGACGACGAACUGGUCAUUGGAAAUGGAAACGGAGGAGGAGCAGCCGGGGGAAAUGGAACCUCCACCGCUGUGUGGCUGCCCGAUGGCGCCGCACGAUCCCCUGAAGCUCCGGACAUUCCCUUUGUCCAGAUCCACACCACCGAUCUGCAGCAGCAGCCGGAGAGGAGCUACAGGAACGCCUUUCGCAGACGCACUGCGGAAAUCAAAUCGGAGGCGGAACUGAUUAAAUCCGAACUGGCGGAGGCGGCGGCCAAGGAGCGUCUGAAUGCCACGCCCACGCCGCCCACAAGGAAUUCUAGUUGCGCCAGUGUGGAGGGCAAGGCACUGGUCCACCAGGAUAACCAAAGUCCUCCUUCUCCUCUCAUCCUGCGCUGCCCAAACUGUCCGUUUUUGAGCCUCUGCCAGGUGCGCCUCCAGCAGCAUCUUCAACUGGGCAACUGCUACAUGGAACAGCAGAGAAGGCAGUGUCCAGGCUGCACGAACAUCUUCUACAGCAGCGAAUCGCUGAGCGUCCAUCUCAGCCUGGACCACCAGAUGGAGGACAGUGAGGCAAUGGCUCUGGCGAGUGGAAAGCACACCAAAAAGCAGACUCAGAUGCCAAAUCGACCCAAGAGCAGGAUUUUCAUCAAGAGCGUGGACUGUUUAAGGGAACCUCUUCCAGAUUUCCCGCCUUUGAUGCCCGAUAGCUGUGGAUCCACGGGCAACAUCCUGGAUCUCCUCGAAUGUGGAGUAGCGGUGGGUGCAUCGCCCAGUGAACAAACUAUGCCUCCAGCUCCUGCUGCUAAUAAUGUAUCCACCGCCCCUCCGCCACCGCCAAAACCCAGCCAGAAGAUUUCCAUCAAGAGCGUCGAUGUGCUGAGGGAGCCAGCUCUCCUGCCCUUUGACUUUCAGCUGCCCAAUCAUCCGCUAAUCACGGAUAACAGUUUACUAGAUGUGCCUGCUCCCGUCGUGGAACCGGAGAAACCGCGCCAGCCGAAGAUUUACAUACGCAAUGUGGACAUCCUCAAGGAACCGAUGGUUCUGCCUGGUUUGGGUUUCAAUGGCAACCUCCCCGCGGUUGUGGAUCACGGACAAAUUGGACUAGCUGUGGGAGGAGGAGGAGGAUCAGUAGGAGGAGAUGGUGACGUUUACCAGACCGAGGCGCUGCUUACUCCUCCCUGUCCGCUGCCUGGAUUCGAGCCCAGCCUGGCUCCUCUGGCUCAGAUGUGCAGCGAAGCCUUUCCCUUCGAUUCCGUGCUAAAUGGAGGAGGAGCAGGAGGUGGAGCUGUAGUCUCCAGCCUGGAAAACACACGCUUCAGUGCCUUGGAUUUGGAUUUCGGGGUGGAUUUCGAGGCCACUCCGCCUCCGCCACUCCUUCCUCCUCUCAAUGAUCACUCCCUAAACACAAUGGCAGCUCAGCCUGUCCAGCUGGAGCACUAUCUUCCACCCCCUGCUGCUCCCACCACCAAGCAGAAGAUCUUCAUCAAAAACGUAGAUAUCUUAAAGGCCCCUCAGCGAGGCACUUUGCAUCUGCGAACCGUGGACGAACUAAACCUGAUGAAUCGCACCGAAGUGGAGCACUUGAUUGUGCCCAAUCUGGAACCGAUGGCCAUGACCAUGAUGGAACUUCCGCCUGUAGAGCAGGCGCCAUUAGAGCUGGAUUCCCAGCAAACUCUGAGCGAGUUUCAACCUUCGAUCAAUGGUAGUUGGCCUAGCGAGGAUGGUUAUGACCUCGCCGAGGAUCUGGAGUGCUGGCCAUGGAUGGAUGAGGCUGUGCCGGAAGCGGGAAUCGGACUGGAAGCUCCGCCACUCGAGGGUUUGGCCAACGCUGCCGAGGAUCUGCUGGUUGCGCAGUCGUUUUCCUCGACUACAGAGGAGGUUCAAGAAGAAGCAGUUCCACCUUUAGUGCCUGUAACUUCCUCUGGCGGCACAACAACAUCCCUGACUCAAAGUAGCUUGCCUGUUCCGCCGCUGGUUCCCUUGGCAGCCGAGGCAACUCCUGCUCCUACUGCCUCGGAAAAACCUGCCCGGAUUUAUGUAGCCAAUAAUCUCCUACCCACUGCUGUGGUGGAUCCACCUCUCUUAGGAGGUGGAACCUCCGUUCGCGGGCGUCCCUAUGGAGCGAAACACUCCGGCGGAACGGCAACGAGCAAGAGAAAGCCACCACAAGGACCCAAUCAAGUGCCAGAGGGCGGCAAGUGUCUCGUGGAGGGCUGCAUGUUCCGCUUCAAGUCGCCGGCCACUUUGGAGUACCACGGCAGGUGCCACAAUGGAGCACUCAGCUCCAGCCAACCCAUGGUUUGUCCCGAGUGCAAGUCCAGCAACUUUAGCAACUGGAACUGCCUGCACACGCACCUCUGGCGCACCCACCAAAUCGACAUGGAGCUGUACUCCUGCCAGCUGUGCAGCUUCAAGACGCCCAUCUACUCGAGGUUGGUCAACACGCAUGCCAAGAUUCACUCGGAGGAGCGCAACUACAAGUGCGAGCAGUGCGGCAAGGGAUUCAAGAACACCAAGCAGCUGAAGAACCACAGGCGACUGCAUCGCACGCAGGGAUUGGGAAUGGGAAAGCCGCCUAGUGAACCGGAAGUUAAUCCAAUGCAUCGCUGCGAGGAUUGCGGGGCGGCCUUCAAGCAGAAGAAAACGCUGAGGGAGCAUCUGUGCAAGGAGCGCAACGAGCAGCUCGAGUGUCCCGAGUGCCAGCGCGUCUUUGGCUCCAAGAGCAGCCUGCGUCUCCACCUGCGGAGCCACCAGGAGCAGAAGCGCUUCCGCUGCGACACCUGCGACCACGAGGCCAGCGAUCACAACGCCUUUCGGCGGCACUUGGCGACGCACAAGGAGCGGAAGCGGUACUCCUGUCCGCACUGCGACUUUCGGGCCAUCCAGAGCAACGCUUUUCGGAUACACCUGGAGAAGCGCCAUCCCGAGCAGGAGCUGUCCGCCAUCAUCUACAAGUGCGACCAGUGCAGCUUCACCAGCAUCAAUCAAGGUCUGCUGCAGGUUCACCAGGCCAAGCACGAAACCCCAUCGCCAGCGAAUCAAGCGAAUCAAUCACAGAUCAAGGUGGAGAGCAGUCUGGUGCUCGCCCAUUCCAGUACAAACGUGGCCAAGGAGGUGAUCCUGGGGCAGGCUUCCUAGGAUCGCAAUGAUCCUUUUGUACAUAUAUUCUAGGAAUAAGAUUGUGCGAGAACAAAGUGCCGCGUAGUUUGUAACGUUUUUAUACCAAAAUUGUACCAAUGUUGUUAG